CAUCUUCUCCAAUGGUCUUUAUAUAAGAGCCCCUAAACACGAACUUCCCUCACCCUGACCCUGCGUAGGAAGGACACCAUCGGAAGAAUGGAGAGCCAAGAUCUUUCGCCACCCCACGUGGACGCAUCUCGACCGUCCCUUGGCUUCCCCUUGGGCACUGCCCUUCUCUUGAUCAUAAUCUUCGCCUUAAGUGGCAUCCUCUCUUGCUGCUACCACUGGGAUAGACUCCGUUCCCUCCGUCACCCCCAAAUGCCUUCUUCACCCACCAAAUCUAGGCACCCCACCACGGAUUUGAGGCAAAACAGCUUGCCAGUGUUGAUGCCGGGGGACGAGGUGCCGAAGUUCAUAGCCAUGCCGUGUCCGUGUCAGCCUUUGAGACCGGACAACAUCGUUGUCACCGUCGAAACGGAGAAGCCGCCGCCGAAGCCGCCGCAACUUCCAGUUCCUUUCUAUUUGUAAAAUGGGUCAGAUUCGAGAUUCGAGGUUCUUCUCCCAAGCUGCGAUUCUCGCCACACCAAACGUCGUCACGUGUUCCUCGUUGCCACCAUUUGUUGUACCAAUAUGUAUUUUCAUUUUUCUCCCAAAAAAAAAAAAAAAAAAAAAAAAACAGAGUGGAUAAAGAAUAAGGACUAGGUAGGGCUGAAGUUGCAGAUCAAUUCGUAGAUUUUGAGGACCAUUUCAUUUGAUUCAAUCGAUCCUUGUGUAGUGUGUAAACUGUUAGGGAGUUUCUAGAUUGUGGGGAAACAAAAUCCGAUUUCGCUGGUUCUUCUUGAUCUUUACUUCAAUAAGAAAGGGGUUGAUGUUGCCCACAAUUGGUUUUA